GAUCCCAAUCCCAUGCUACUCGCCGUCACCAACUCUGCUUGCCAACUUUAGACUGUUUCGGAGUGUUUUGGUGCAAUAGUAAUUAUGUAAACCUACUAUUAUUUCCGUUUUCAUAUCCAUUUAAAUUAUGUCCACAAUAUGUCACGUUUCAGUCUCGUAUUCAUCAAGUGGCCGCAUAACUCUACUUCGAUUUAUUCGAAUAUAAUGAAGAUGACAAGAUUUUCGGUUAAUUACGAACAUAAAGCUUGAAACUAUAACUUUUACUCCACAAAAAAAAAAUUGAUUACACCCUAGCAACAUCACUAAGGUACGAGACAAAUAAAUGAAAUAGACAUGUAAAAGAAAAGAAAAAUCAUUUUGAGAGGAACGUAUAGUGAAAGUGGACUGCGUUCCGAUUGAAUGCAAAAGAGUUACCGCUGAAAUCUCCACAAGUGUCACAAUAUGGAUCGUUGGUACCAAUCAUACAUCGCUCACUACCGGCCAAUUUGACUCCGGAUAGUACUCAUUCAUGUCGAAAGCAAGAAACAAGUAACAAUUGAAGCAAAAUCGAUGGCCUGGUGGUGAUUAUUAUUUAUGAUAUUUAUUUUGUGGUAUCUAAAUGAAGUGUUUGUAGUUUCUCAUUUUUAGACUCUUUCUUGUUUUUAUCGUAUUUUUAAUUGCUAAAUAUUUCAAUGAAAAACUAGCAAUGAACAUGCUCUUAUGGACUUUAAAUGUUGCUUCUGCUUUUGUGGCCCUUUCUGAUUAUGGCCUUUUCAUAGGUAUUUUGAUUUGCAUAUUGUUACAUAGUUAUAUUAUUCAACGUUUAGAAAAAGAAUUAUGUAAGAAGAUAAUGAAGAUUAUAUUUUUGACAAAACAAUGAUUUGACCAAGGUAAGCAAAAACAGAAAAGGAAAUGGACUUCAGAAAUGGAAACUUUGGGGAAAUCAAUUGAUUCAAUCACAAACGAAUCUUUUUAUCAUGAUCAUGGCAUUGCUAAUUAUAUGGGGUUUCCUUGAUUUAGUGGCUUAAUACGAUCAUUUAGUCAUUAAACUCAACUUCAUCAUUAAUACUUGCUUGGAAAGAAGUAAAAUAUCUGCAUGGUUUCCAUAUUAGAGUAGGAGAUAAUAUUUGAGAGUAUAUUUUCUUGCGUGUGCGAUAUAUAUAAACACAAAAAGAGGAACUCCAUUGUUAAAUCAAGAAAGAAACUUCAGAAACUAAGAGCUAUCAACGUUCCACAAGGUAUUUUUACCUUCUUUACUUUAUAUGAAUAUAUCUGUUAUUUUCCAUUAUUGAUUUCCAUUUCAUUGUAUAUAUAUGUCGUAGUUGGAUUUGGAAUUAUGCACAGACAAGUUUUAUAGGGUUUUGAUUAUAUAUGAUGUUACAUUUUAGGACUAUAAAUCUCAUUGAUCUAGCUCCACCAUUGUCUAUAUUCAAGAAACAUAUAAUUCACUUUGUGUUUGAAGAUGAUGAUAAUGAUAUGAUUAGUUGAUUACGGAGACUAAAGAAACUCCCUUCUAUCUACCCAAAUCUAGUGUUGAUGGGAGUCUUGAUAUAUUACAUGCCUCGUAAUCAAAAUCAAUAUUGCGUAUAGAAACCACAAUGAAAUGUUUAGUUGAAAGUUUUAUAUUUUUGUUUUGUUUACAUACUUUCUCUUUCAGUAUUUGAAUGGGUCGAAAAAUGGUGAAGAUGGCGAGAAUAACAAACGAGAAGACGAGGAUAACCACUUACAGGAAGAGGAAAGAAUGUUUGUUCAAGAAAGCCAAUGAGUUCUCAACACUCUGUGGCGUCAACACGUGUCUCAUCGUGUAUGGCCCGACCAGAGCAGGGGACGAGAGGAUCGACCACCCCGAGUUAUGGCCCAAGGAUGAGAGAAAAGUCAGAGAGAUCAUAACCAAGUACAGAGACACCGCCUCGAGCAGCUGCAUCAAAACCUACUCUGUACAAGAAUGCUUGGAGAAAAGCAAGAUCAAGUUGGAGAAAGAGAAGUAUUGUCCGUGGGACAACAAGCUCGAAAAGUGUUCUUUAAACGAGCUAUAUGCAACUUUCGUGACAGUCUGUAACAAGAUUCAAGAAGCUGCUAAUAGGAAGCAGACAUUUCCCGAUGCUUCUUGGUCUACUCAUCGUGACCAACUUGGUUUGAUAGGUUACAACCAGCCAUGUCUCGAGCAACACCAGUUGUUUCCUAUGUCUUCAAUGGAGCAGAACGGUUUCGCAUUUCUCCCGUUUCUUAACCAAAUGACCUCGACCUCGAACACCGGGGAAGUUGCGUCUUUCUCGAACGUGACAGAACCGGAGAUGACUCAAGCCAUGUUUUACGGAAGCUGUUCGGAUGGUCAGUACGCUCCGAUGGUACAGAAGACAGACUAUAUGGAACCAGUGCAGUGGGGUUUAGGGAACAGUAUGUUCAGCAACGUGAAGCCUUUCGCAGACUAUCCCAUGAGGUUUGGACAAGUUAAUGACUUGGAGAGUUCUGGUAAGACUCCUAUGUGAAACGUUUGUUUCUUUCCUUUGAUUGUUUAUUGAACUUCAAGAGCUUUAAAACUUAAUUAUAUUCUCAAGUUUUUGUUAGUUUGUGGAUUUGUUAUAAUAAAAAUCUCAUUCAGUU